AUGGAUACUCUGUCCAGUCACUCUGUGGAGGAAACCAACUAUGAUUCACAAACCGAGGAAUCAGCUGUUCAGAGGCAACAAAAACCGCCUUGGGCUCCAUGUUUCUACUACAAAACAGAUAAAGAGGUGUAUCAUUAUGUUGGGCACAAGAUCAUCAUCGAGGAGGCUCUGGACUCGUAUGCAGGCAUGAUAUGGCCAGCGGCUUUGGCUCUCUGCAACUACCUUGACACUAACCGUGAGCAGUUGAAUCUCAUGGACAAAGCAGUGCUGGAGAUCGGAGCAGGAACUGGCCUUGUGUCUGUUGUAGCGGCGCUCCUGGGUGCAUGGGUGACAGCUUCAGACCUUCCAGAGGUCCUGAGCAACCUGAGAGUCAACCUGAGCAGGAACACCACUGGCCGAUGCAGACACACUCCCCAGGUGGCAGCUCUGUCCUGGGGCUACGACCUGGAGGACACCUACCCUACAUCUGUCUACCGGUACGACUACAUUCUGGCAGCUGAUGUGGUCUACCAUCACGACUUCUUAGACGAGCUCCUGGCCACCAUGAAGCAUUUCUGCCUACCAGGAACGACUGUGAUCUGGGCCAACAAGGUCAGGAUGGAGAAUGAUCUGACUUUCACUGGGAACUUUAAAAAGGCCUUUCACACAAGUUUACUGGCUGAAGACGGAGACAUGAGGAUCUUCAUGGCAACGUGUAGAGAAGAAGAGGGAGAAGGUGAUGAAAUCCAAGAUCUGCUGAGAGAGAAACAGGAAGAUGAAGAUGAGAAUAACAAAGAGAAGCCUGUAGAGGAAAAACACAACGAGGACGAGCUUCACUGUGUCAAUAAACAAAAAAGUGAAGGGCACGUGUCACUGAUGCAGAAACCUGAACAGCAGGGCCGAGUACCAGCCUGGGUUUCCAGCAUCCAGAGCACCUUUGGCAAAGAUGUCUACCAUUAUGUAGGACAGGACAUUGUCAUUUAUGAAUCCAUAGACUCCUAUGGAGCAGUGAUGUGGCCAGCGGCCUUGGCUCUCUGCUCUUUCCUGGACAACAACAGGGAUGAGGUGAACCUGCAGGGGAAGGAGGUGCUGGAGCUGGGAGCAGGAACAGGACUGGUAACCAUCGUGGCCAGUCUGCUUGGAGCUUCAGUCACGUCCACAGACUUACCGGAGGUGUUGAGUAACCUCAGGGCCAAUGUGAUGAGGAACACCCGGAAGCAUUGCAGACACACACCCCAGGUGGAAGUUCUAUCCUGGGGCUACGACCUGGAGCGCACCCACCCUACAUCCAUUUACCGGUACGACUACAUUCUGGCAGCUGAUGUGGUCUACCAUCACGACUUCUUAGACGAGCUCCUGGCCACCAUGAAGCAUUUCUGCCUACCAGGAACGACUGUGAUCUGGGCCAACAAGGUCAGGAUGGAGAAUGAUCUGACUUUCACUGGGAACUUUAAAAAGGCCUUUCACACAAGUUUACUGGCUGAAGACGGAGACAUGAAGAUCUUCAUGGGAACAUGCAGACACUGAGAGAUAGAAAAAGCAUCCAUUGAGUACCGGACUGGCCUACUAGGUACAGGCCCAGGGGCCCUGAGGGGUCAGACCGUCUGA